GUGUAAACAACAAAGAUGGCGGCCGCUGGUGGCUUCAAAAGAAGACCAAUAUCUGUUUAGCAUUUCAUGAAGGAUGACACUCGCCCAACAGUAGUGCAAACAUCUAUAACAAAGUAAGUGAACCUCUUGCAUUUUAAGUUGCACUGGGCUUGUUUUUGUGGCCCUUCGUUCUGAGGAAUUCUUCUAUCAGUAUUUUUCAGAUUUUUGCCUUUUCAUUUAAGCUCUUACAUAUGGCAUACAGUCAAACCUGUACUGAGCGGUCACCCUCUAUUAAGCGAUCACUUACCAAAGUCCUGGAAUUCAUUUACCUUCCAUACCGUAAAACAGACGUGAAUUAGGGGUCACUUUUGAACACAGGGCGCCCACACAGUCUGUUUGUGUAGCCGAUUGUUAUUUUAUAGUAAAUGUACCGGAUUUACCGUUUGCCUCACCUAUACCGAUAUAUCGCUAACUAUGUAUAUAAAUCAAUGAUAAAUAAAGGUCGAAUUAUCAACAUUUAUUUUUCAUUGAUUUAUAUGCAAAGUUAGUGAUAUAUCAGUAUAGGUGAGGCAAACGGUAAAUUAAUAAAAUAACAAUCGGCUACUCAAACAGAUUGUGUGGGCUCCCUGUGUUUUGAAGGGGAGGCCUAAGGGAGCUAGGAGGGGGUAAAAACUCUAUGGCUACAAUGGAUGGCGUUGCUCGUGUGGUCUGGAGGGUGUACCAAUGAAGUUCACUCAAAAUGGUUGCCAGUCAUCUUGUCUCACCUUUGACUCACAUUUUAUAUAACUGCAUCAGUGAAGUGUCUCCUCUCCCUUUGGAAACUUGCUUGAAUCACCACAAUGUAAGGAUAUAGAAUGGUCACUCGAGUAACAUGGGUCUUGAAAAUUUUGGCUCAAUCUCAAAAUCUUUGUUGGGUUUCAAAGUCUUGGUGUUGAAUUUUGAAACCAAGCUCUCACAGUCUCACAAAGUCUUGAAUUUACGAUUCUAUACCCCUCAAUGUCAAGGAUUUAAAAUACAAUGAUGAUCUUAGGUCAAUUUUCUUUUUUUUUUGUUCCUGUUCAAGUAAAAGGAAAGGCAAGUGCUUUGUCAGAUAGUGUACUUUAUCAUACAGGAAAGGCCAUACAGUCGAAGCUUUUGUAAGUGACCAACUCAGAAAUUUGGAAAAGAGGUCAUAACUAGCUAUAGAGCUGGUCGCUUAUGAGAAUGGGCUCUUGUUAGUGACCGCAUGGUACAAUAGAGGGCACUAGUCGCUUAUGAGAGCUUCAGAAAAUCAUUAAUAAUUCAUAAAGAAAAAACUUAAUGCUUAGUGUCUUCAUAUCUGAAAACAUAGACACGGCUUAAAUUCAGACCAAAAUAACCUUAAAUCUAAAAACUCAUAGUUUGUGUUUAUCAGCCUGUGUCGAUUUAUAGUGAAACUCUCGCGUGCACAAAUCAAGUGCCAGUGGAACACCAUGGGUAAGUAAAUAUACCCAUCCCAGAAAAUUUGGUAAUCAUGUGACCGUACACUGACUGCCAACCGUCCGUUCUCACCACAGGCUUUCCAGUGUAAAAUAACUGAAUCAACAGGUAUGGGAACCCAAAUGCAACUCGAGAUUAUUUUGGGGAGAAAUCGCAUAGUCACCCGUGACUUGUAAACUAAAGCUCAAUAAAGAUGAAAAUGGAAACUGGAAAUUGUUUCUGUAGCUUGUCGUGUCCACAAAUUUGGAAUAUAGAGCAAGAGAAAGACAGAGCUAGAGAAAAAGAGAAAGUAGGCAGCAGGCCAGUGAAGCUCAACGAGAAAAAGGGCUACAGAGAUCUAGAGUGAGAGAUAAAAAAACAAAGGAGGCAUUUUUUUGUCUGAAGGACAACAUGAAAGUUACGUAGUGGCGGUGACAAAAUGAGAAAUACUAGUGGCCACCAAUGCAAGGUGAAUAUGAGUGGCAGUGAAAAAAAAGUGAAUGAGAACACAUACGACAUUUCCUCCAAACAACUUGAAACGUCUAAGAAGUUUCUGGAAGUUUCCUGUUGUAGUCAUGCAAAACAACAGCAAAGAAAUGUACAAAAAAAGUGGGCUGCAUGUGCAAAGUUGCUUUUUUGCUAAUUAGAACUAUUGUUGUUUUUCACCUUUCUUGGGCAUUGCCUUCGCCACUUAGCUUAAAACGAUUUUACACUUUGUUUGAACAAACUUUCAAUAUCAUCGAGAGCUUCGCUUUUAGCCCUGGCUAAAUCUUUAUAUAAUAUGAAUAAGACUCUGAGUGGUCACUUAUGAGAGCUUAAAACAAAGGACAAGUCCAGGGUUUUGAAAAUUAUACAUAUCCCCCUGCUCCUGCUUUUAAAGAUUGAUUGUAUCAAUAACAGUGCCAUUUUUGAAUUCUGGACUUCAAAAUGACAAAAAUUCAAAAAUUAAGGAGUUAUAAAUGGACCAGAGGGGUAUUUUGCAGAAUGCCAAAUAAUCCUGGACACUGAAUGGCUGCUGAACAAUGAAUGACACUGAAAUUUAGCUCUUAGGAUUAAGAAACUGAUAGACAACGAGUAGUCCCCCAUUUUUCCUCAGGGAUAGUAGAGCAAGCGAAACGCGAGCACGCAUGAAAAUCACCCCACACAAGAAAAGUUGACAUGCGGCGUGUCGCCUUUUCUCGCGUGGGGUGAUUUUCACGUGCGCUCGCGUUUCGCUCGCUCUACUAUCCCUGAGGAAAAAUAGGGGACUACUCGUAGUCUAAGAAACUGAAAGAAUUUAGUUCCAGUUCAGUUCUGAAUUAUGACCCUUACUGGAACUUAAUUUUCUCAAUUUUCUAAGUAAACCCAAAUCAUUAUAAACUUCAGGGUCCCUUAGCAUUCAGCAGCCAUUCAACAUUCUUAGAACUGCCCCUGCUUGGUAUGUGUAUACUUGCAAAGACUCAAUCACAGUUCAAGAGAAACCACUUAGUUUCAGUAAUACCUGAUAUUGCCUUCACAGACUCAACUUGCCUUCCCUGUGGAAUUACUUUCCCAGGAACAUGGCAGCACCUCCCAGACACAGCAAAGAAUAUGGUCGCCCUGUGGCAGGUUCUAAAACUGAAGCUCGUGGAAAAUAUGCUGGUUCCCACAUAAGUCAAGAAGUUAAAGCACUGUGCAACAUCAUCUUACAAAUGGGAGAAGAACAGCCAGAUGGAACAGUCACAGUUACAUUUGGGCGAUUAUUUGAAAGAUACACAAGAAUUUCCAACAAAGUUGUUGGUAUGUUGCUUAGAGCUCGGAAGCAAAAUUUAGUUGACUUUGAGGGUGAAAUGUUAUUUCAAAGACGAGAUGACAAUGUUGUCAUUACUUUGCUGCGCAUGCCUGAAGAUGUCCAGAAUGAUUCUGAUGAAUACUGGAAUAUUUCUGCCAAAUAAUUUAUUUUAAUGCCAGAUGAUAUAUAAUAUAAAUUAUUUUAUAACUUGUAGAUGAAAGUAUUUUUAAAAUCUAUUUUAUAGUUUAAUUUGUGGAAAGCAUGUCAAGAGGAUGUCCAAUAAUCUAUCCUAUCAUGGUACUUCAAAUCAUAAAAUCUCAAACCUUUUACAGGGGAG